AUGGCCACCACCAGCCCCUCACAAAAAUGGCGGAAGCUAGGCGAGAGGUUCGGCUCCUCCUCCGUUCUUAACAAAGAUGGCGUCGCAGAAGAGGACUUCACGCGCCUUUCCGGACAAACGGAAGUGACGUCCUGUUCAAAAGCCCGGCUCAUGGAGCCCGGGCUGCAGAGCGUGUUCGCGUUCGCGAUGGGACCGCUCCAGCGGUCGGCGCUACUGCCGCUUCCGCCACCGCCGCCGUUGCUUCUGCUUCUGCUUCUGCUACUGCUUAUGGUACCGGGGACCAAGCCAUUCGAGCCCAUCAGCGUGGGGAUCGCCAUCGGGGCCGCCUCAGCCCUCACCGGCUACCUCUCCUCCCCGAACUUCUACUGCCGCUUCGUGGAGUGCUGCCGCGAGGAGCAGCCGCUCAACGCCUCCGCGCUCAAGUUAGAUUUAGAAGAGAAACUGUUUGGACAGCACCUAGCUAGAGAGGUGAUUCUCAAAGCAUUGACUGGCUUCAGGAACAACAAGAAUCCAAAGAAACCACUGAGUCUCUCUUUACAUGGCUGGGCUGGCACAGGCAAGAACUUUGUCAGUCAGAUCGUGGCUGAAAACCUUCACCCAAAAGGACUCAAGAGUAACUUCGUCCACCUGUUUGUUUCUACUCUGCACUUCCCGCAUGAGCAGGAGAUAAAAUUGUAUCAGGAGCAGCUGCAGAAGUGGAUUCGGGGGAAUGUGAGUGCGUGUGCAAGAUCUGUUUUCAUAUUUGAUGAAAUGGAUAAAUUGCAUCGUGGGCUCAUUGAUGCCAUCAAGCCAUUUCUAGACUACUAUGAACAAGUUGACGGGAUCUCUUAUCGGAAAGCCAUCUUUAUCUUCCUCAGCAAUGCAGGAGGUGAUCUUAUAACCAGAACGGCCCUUGAUUUUUGGAUGGCCGGAAAAAAGAGGGAAGACAUUCAGCUCAAAGACUUGGAGCCUGUGCUGUCUCUAGGAGUCUUCAAUAAUAAAAACAGUGGCUUGUGGCACAGUGGCCUGAUAGACAAGAGCCUCAUUGAUUACUUUGUUCCAUUUCUGCCCUUGGAGUACAAACAUGUGAAAAUGUGUGUGAGGGCAGAGAUGAAAUCAAGGGGUUUUACCAUAGAUGAAGAGGUUGUCACAAAAGUGGCAGAUGAAAUGACAUAUUUCCCCAAAGAAGAGAAAAUCUACUCCGAUAAGGGCUGCAAGACAGUGCAGACAAGACUAGAUUUUUACUGAGCUCUUACUGGAAGAGAGGUGACCAGAAGAUGCAGCCAACUAGGCCUGGCUUUUCUUGAAGCACUUUUGAAGACCCUUUUCAGGAGUCUGCACAUUUGCACUUACUGACUGUUAGAAAAGGUAGCUUUCUAAGAAGAGUGGAUUUUUACAACGUAUCACUAAAGAACUUUGCAGCCCAAGUGUUCAUUUUCAAUUGAAGAUGGGACUUGAAAAAUUCAACUCAAGUUCAUCAUGCCCAACAUUGCCAAAAGUGGCCUUUACAACUAUUUGUGUUUGCAAAAUAAUUGGAAUUAUUGCUGACUCCAUUAACACCUGCUGUGUAUCAGAAUUACUGUCUUAACUGAAGGGAGUUCCUUGGGGCUGGCCCUGAUGCAUCCAGAUAACAUUAGGUGUUCAUGUGAGGAAUUUUAGGUUGGAUUAUUCCGUUUACUUUCUGCUCUUGACAUACAGAACAAACAAUGGUCAUUUAAAAUCUAGAGCACUCCAUAAUACAAAGGAUACCAGGUGAGCGUACAUGGCCACAUGUGCCUAAACCUCUUGAGCUCAGUGAAUUGUGCCAUUAAGGGAACCUAUCUUAUUUCAUAAUCAGCCCGUGGUAUUAACUUCGAAGUGUUUCCAGAGUGGAGGACAGGAUCUCUUUGACCUUUUAGUCUGUCCAUUCCUCUUCCUACGAUGACGUGGAGCAUUGAGGUCACCUAAUGCAAACAAGGCCUAUUGAUCCAGUGCCCAGUUCCUGAUGCUCUCACACACUUUUCUGGUGAACCUACAUUAUACCUCUAAACUUCAACCUAAAGUCCCUGAAAUACAUCUCCAAACUGUUACCUGUUAAAUCACUUUGAGACCAAUGUGGUUCUAAAAUUGGGUCACUAUUUCCAGCACUCAGGUACUUCCUGUCUGUUACAACUUAGAUCAGGGUCAAUCUUGGCCUGUAAAUCUAGUAUGAAAUCCAUAGGAUUUAUUCAUUAAUGGGGGAUGACUCGUACUUCGUAUGAACAUUCAAGUGACUCACAUCAGUAAAAGAUUGUUAAUUGCAAGUCAACGGAUAUUUUUGAUAGUUCUGAAAUACAGGGGUAGCUAGGUGGCGCAGUGGAUAGAGCACCGGCCCUGGAUUUAGGAGGACCUGAGUUCAAAUAUGGCCUCAGACACUUGACACAUACUAGCUGUGUGUCUCUAAGCAAGUCACUUAACCCCAAUUGCCUCAAAAAAAAAAAAAAGUGUAAGCUGAAAUACAUGAGAGGUACAAGAAACUGCUUACUUGAUAUAAGGGAAGGUAUAGAAUGGAGUUAUAGUGUAUCAUUUUCUCCAUACAUAUUCUUAAACUCAAGUGUAGUUUGGAUUCUUAUUACUAACUUUAUUGUAGUGUGAAUGAAAACUGAGAUCUGAUGUGGUGACUGGUUAUGGUCUGCAUUGCCAUGGAAACCUGAAUCUUAUCAAUUCCCCUACAUGGACUGAGUUGGCUGCCUCUUUGAGGGAAGAAAAGUUUGUGUUGUGUUUUUUUUUAUUCUAGUACAUGUGGGUACUAUAGUUGCAGUGCAACUAAUUAAUUGUGCAGCCUUUUUAUACAUGUAAGAAAGGUAUAGAAUGAGGGGCAGUUAGGUGGCACAGUGGAUAAAGCACCGGCCCUGGAUUCAGGAGUACCUGAGUUCAAAUCUGGCCUCAGACACUUGACACUUGGUACCUGUGUGACCCUGGGCAAGUCACUUAACCCCCAUUGCCCCACAAAAAAAAAAGAAAGUUAUAGAACGAAUGUUUUUAUAUGUUAAAGGAUUGGAAAAAUUUUAAAGCACUAAACUUGUCUUUCAAUAAAAUUACCCCCAGGAUAGUACUUUCUACAUUUUUAAUAUAUAUUCUCAAAUUGGAACAGCUGGCUACUUUAAUCACCUUGUUGGUGGUUGGUCAGGUGGUGACCUGUUUAUUCUGAUGCAAUAAACUGAACGCGUUAGUAACCUUAGGCCUUUGGACUGUUGUUUCUGAUUUAUAACUUUGAAAUCCUGCAACCCUCUGUCCUGUGGUUUUAAGUGUUCCUUUAAAAGAUGUGAAUGAGAAUUUUAAACUAAGAAUAAAAAUCAAAUAAAGCUAAAAUUUUAUCAUUUGAUGUA